GCUUGCAGCAUGCCCUCUGGCUGUGCGUCGUGACGAUGACGACUGUCGGCUAUGGUGAUUAUGUUCCGAAGACGGCUGGAGGCUACGUCGUUGUGUCCGUGCUUGUGAUCGUUUCCGUCUUGUUUGUUGCUAUGCCGGUGGGAAUUAUUGGCCACGAGUUCACAAGCUGCUGGCAGACUCGGGACCGUGUCCUCUGCAUCACAAGAGCCCGGCAAGCCAUGGUCAAGUGGGGGUACAGUGCCAAUGAUGUGAAGGCACUGUUCGAGUAUGUCGACAUGGAUCACGAUGGGAACUUGGACCUCCUCGAGUUCAUAGAGCUUGUCCGGCAGAUGCGAGUCGGCUUGAGUGUGGAGCGGUCCAUCGGACUGUUUAUGCUGUUUGAUGACAAUCAGAAUGGAAGCAUUAAUUACAUGGAGUUCGUGAGACACGUUUUUCCGCAAGAGUUCGUCGAGGAGGCGAGAAAGGACGUGCAGCAGUUCCAAUCCAGCGACAAGGUGCAUGACGCCUUGGAAGCGCUCACUGCCGCCAAAGGUCCGCAUAGCAGCACUGAGCUGCUCGGCCGUCACGGCACCGUGAUGGCGAAGCCACGUGAAGCCAGAAGCGGGUGGAGAAAUCCCGGCUCCAUGCUCCAGGGGGAUCCUCAGGCAUACCGACCUUCGACGCCCGUGAAGCGCUACCGAGUCCGGCUUGCAGCAAGCACGGGUACUGGACCCACUGCGGAGCUGGAGGUGAGCUACGGUCGGCUAUACCCAUCAGAGACGCCCUGCCUCCUUGUGGACAAGGUGGACAACUUGGCCAAGGAAGCCUGGUUGGAGCUGACACGGCGAGUUGUCGAUGAGGUGGACCAAGCUGCUGGUCAGGAGUGUGUCUUUCAGGUGUGCUCGGCGAUCACGGAGUUGCUGAGGGCCUAUCACGACCCAAGCGCCGAGAUCCCUUUGUAUGAGCGCAUGCAGCGCCGCGAGGCCGAAGAAGCGAAGCAGAAGGAAGAGGCUGCUCGCCAAGAUCGCGAGGAGGCACAGAAGAAGGCGAUGGAGGAUUGGGAAAAGCGGAAGCAGGCAGAGCGCCAGCGCCUUGAGCGCUACGAGGAGAAGCGCCGCGCUGUCGCGAGGGUUGGAGAUGGUGGAGGGACUCUGGACUUCUUGCCUGAGGACUCGGAGUUGGGCACAGGCAACAAGGCAACCGAAGUUCCGCCUCCACAGAAGGAGACGCACAAGGAGAUCUUGGUGAACCCGAAGGUGACUCAGAGCCCACCGGAGCCAGUUGCCAACGGCGACGUGUCCUCACGCUUCAAAGGAGGUGGCCGCCGGAGAGCACCUUCCGACGAUUCUUCUGACUGCGGUACACUUCCCUCCUUCUCGGACAAUUUGUCACUAGGUGCCUUUGAGUUUGUCGUCGAUGUCAAAGAGGAGAAGCCACCGGCCAAGGAACCUCCGCUCGUGGAGAAGGCCGCGCCUGUGCCGAAGGCGAAGCCAAAGAUCAGCCCAAAGAUGUCGCCGGCCGCGCCGCAGCGCCGCUUCUGCGAGCAAUUA